AUGAGGAAUUAUAUUGAAAGUCUCGAGGGCAAUAAAAAUGGGUGGAUGCUUAAAAAAAAUAUAUUAAAAAGAGAAAUAAACAAAAAAACAGAUGAAAAAGCUAACACAUCAUAUGAUACAACCCAAUAUGAUAAUGAUUAUUUUUGGAGAUGGAUAAGGCUACUAAAAUAUGAGAUAAAAAAUGAAGUAUGGAAUACUCCAAGUUAUUUAAUAUUAUACAAAUAUUUGACAGAUGUAAAUAGGAGUAAUAUACAUGAUACAUCACAUAAUGAAUUAAGAAAUAAUGAAGAGAGUGAAAGUAGUACUGAACAAAUAGAACAAAUAAAACAAAUAAAACAAAAUAAUGAACAAAUCGAAAAAAUCGAACAAAUAAAACAAAUAGAACAAAAUAAUGAAAAAAUCGAAAAAAUCGAACAAAUAAAACAAAAUAAUGAACAAAUCGAAAAAAUCGAAAAAAUAGAACAAAAUAAUUAUCAAAUAGAACAAAAUAAUUAUCAAAUAGAACAAAAUAGUGAACAAAUUGAAGGACCGAAUAAUAUAAUAGAUACCAAUUCAAUGAAGAACAUAAAUUAUUAUAUAUGGAGAGAAAUACAAAAAAGCGUGUUGCAGUAUAUGCUGAAACAUUAUGACGAUAAAGAUAAUUAUUCUCAUAUAUUAUUUGAAUGGGAUAUUAUUAUUAAUAAUUUUCUAGAAGAUGAAUUAAAAAUAAAGAUAAAAGAAAGAGAUAGACAAAUAGAUGAAGCAUUGAAAAAAGAAAACAUUUCACAUAUAUAUCUUAAUAUAGACAUAAAUAAAUUUAUAGAAGAAAAAUUAAAAGAUAAAAUAAAAAAUAAUAUAAAUGAAGAUACAACUUGUGACAUACAUACUAUUAAUAAAAAAUUAGUACCUGUAAGAAGAUAUAAUUUAAAUACAGAUAAUAUUUUAGAAUAUUUAAAAGAUAUAUAUAAUAAAUAUAAAAAAAAUAAAAAUAUUAUUAAGUUAAAAGAAGAUAUUAUGAAAGAAUUCGAAAAGGUGAUAUACGAAAAAAAAAAUAUAUAUAUAAAAAAUGAAUUUAAAAAUAUUGAAGAUAUUAAUAAUUUUGAUGACUACAAAGAUUAUUGUAAAGAUUUAUAUAGAAAUAUAAAUGAUUUUAUAGAUAUAUUUUUUACUAAUGAUAUUGUAGAAGAUAAAACGACAAAAGAAAUACAAUGUAUUAUAAAAAAUAUUCGUCAGUUGGUCGGAAUAAAUUAUUUUGAUAAAUAUAUGGAAAGAAUAAAAAUAAAGAAAAUGGAAGAAUUAAAAGAAUCUGAAGUGACUGAUUUAUUAGAUAAUUUUAAAGAUUCUGAUGGGUUCAAUAAAUCUAUAACUUCUGACAAACUUGCAUGUGCCUAUUUUUAUAAGGAUGAAUAUGAAUAUCCUCAAUGUUUUAGAUUCUUUAAAGAAUGGUUAGAAAACAUUUCAAAAGAAAAAACAAAAUGGGAAGAGUUUUUAAACAAAAUAAAAUAUGAAGAUAAAGAUCAAUAUGAAAAGUAUUUAGAAAUAUAUCGAUCAUAUUUAUAUGAUGCUAGGCAAAUAUAUAACACUUAUGAAAAUACAUGUAAAGAUGAAAAAUAUUCAGGACCAAUACAUUCUGAUGAAUAUGCACAGAUAAUAUAUAAUAUUUGGCAUAGUUUAAAUAUGAACACAUCUGAUGAUAUUUCUAAUUUUUUUAAGAUACCGAAAUUUUUGUUAUCUGAUGAGGGAAGUGUGAAGUCAAAGGUUGAUAUUAAAUCGGAGGAGCAUAAAACUAGAAGAAUAGAUAAUACCCCUAAUUAUAAUAAUAAUGAUAAUAAUAAUAAUGAUAAUAAUAAUAAUAAUAAUGAUAGAGGAAUAAGUGGAUUUUUACAAGGUGAUACAAAAAUAUAUAAAAGUGACAAUAUAUUACCACAUAAUAUUAAUAAUGAUGAUCUUAGUUUAGAUUUGUCUACAAAAUUUCCACAUUUGAUUCUUUUUAAAGAAAAGGAAGCUAAAGAUAUGUCAGAUGAUAUAAUUAUUAAACACAAAUUUUAUUGUUCUAGAAAUGUAAAUAAUAAUGAUCAAAUGGGUAUAUGUAAAUAUAACCUUAAUGAUAAUAUGAGAAAGAAAGGAAUAAAACAUCAAGGCAUAUAUCACAAUGACAUGUAUCAUCAUGACAAUAAGAUGAAUAAGAAAACAUAUGAUUUAUCUGAAUAUAUUUAUAUCCCAGAGAGAAGAAAAGACAUAUGCACAAAAUAUUUUCAAGAAAUUAAUUUCAAUAAGAAUAUAAAUUUGAAAAGACAAUUAUUAGAAGCUAUUAUAAAAACAUGUGUUGUUGUUGCUAAAAAUUUGCUAGAAAAACAUGAAGGAGAUAUUCAUAAAACAAUGAGAGAUAUUAAAAAUAGUUUUUUUGAUAUAAAAGAUAUUGUUAUAGGAUUAGACAUUGUAGAAAAUAAUCAUGAUGCAUAUAUAGAACCAAUAAUAAAAAAAAUAUUUGAAGAAGGAAAUAAUAAUAUGGAAAGGGAUCGAGUUUUUUGGUGGGAUUUACAUAAAAAAAUUAUAUGGGCAGGAAUGAUUAAUCAAAUUCAAAAGGAAAUCAAAGAAAAAAAAACAACAAAACAAAAAAAAGAACAAGAAGAUAUAUAUAUCGAUCUGUCUCUUCCUAGUGACCAAAUUGAUCAGUUUAAUAGAUGGUAUAUAGAAUGGACAGAACAAUAUUGUAAUCAAAAAUUAAUAAAAAUGAACGAAUUGAAAAAGCAAUGUUAUAAUAAUAAAAAUAUUAAUGUGUGUAAUAAAAAUUGUAAGAACAAAUGUAAUCAUUUUUAUAAAUGGAAUGAUAAAAAGAAAAAAGAAUGGAAUGAACUAGCCAAAAAAUUCGAGCAAAUGAAAAAUGAAGGUAAUUAUAAAAAUAUAUAUAUAAAUAAUUUUACUCCAGAAAUGUUUUUGUCAUUAAAUUGUAAGACAUGUGAUUGUAUACCUAAGGAAGGGAAAUUAUUUGAACAGAGUUAUGAUGAAUAUCGUGAAGUGUGUAAGGCAUGUCCACAGAAAAAAGGAAAUGAAAAAAAAAAGGAACAUGGGCUAGAAAGUGGGCAUAAGGGUCACGUUAGGUCGAGGCGUAGGCGUGAUACAAGUAGUAUAAUUGUAAAACCAAGUAAAGAAAAUUUAAAAACUUUAAUCAGUGUGCAGUGUGAACCAAGAUAUAGUUAUAAACUGGAUUGUGUUACAGAUCAAAAUAUGUUUAGUGUUUGUAAUAUGAUCCAUGAUAUUGAUAAAACAUCUAAAUGUCCGGGAAAAAAAAGUGAAAAUAAAGAUGUUGAUACUAACAUUUCUCAUUUUAAUGAUAAUUCUGGAGAUGUAAAAUAUGGUGUAUAUUGUCCUCCAAGAAGAAAAGAAAUAUGUCUCGAUGCUGUCAAUAAAAUGUUUACAGAUGACAAAUCCAAUUGUCUAAUAGAUGCUUUUGUAUCUGUGGCCAAAAAAGAAGGUGAAUUAUUAUGGGAACAAUAUGAAGAUAAGAAUAAAGCUAUGACGGCAAUAAGAAGAAGCUAUGCAGAUUUAGCAGAUAUUAUUAAAGGUACUGAUCUAUGGCUAGAGGACGAUCACACCAAAAAAGCGAGUGAAAAUAUAAAAAAUGAAUUUUAUUUAGGAGAUAAAAACAAUGAUGGAAUUACACGUAAACAAUGGUGGGAAAAAUAUAGAAGGGUAAUAUGGAAAGGAAUGUUAUGUGGAAUUCAAGAUAAAGUUAAUUCCACAUUUCCAUCUGAACGAUUAUGUUUUUUUCAUAAAGAUUUUGAUGAAAUACCUCAAUCAUUGAGAUGUUUUGUUGAAUGGACUGAAAAAUUUUGUGAGGAAAGAAAAAAAAAAAUUGAGGAAUUUAAGAUGAAAGUGGAUGAAGAGAAUAAAACUAAAAUUUCUAAAGAGUUAAAAUCAUGUAAUGAAACAAAUGGAGAAUCAUAUACAGAAUCAUGUAGAUCAUACAAAGAAUGGACAGAUAAAAAACGUGAUGAGUACAAUCAACAACUUAAUAAAUAUAAUUCUGAUAAAAAUAAUGGUAAAUAUAAUGAUAUCGAAGAUGCUAAUAGUGAUAGCGCUAGUCAAUAUUUAGUAAAAAAAUGUCCUAAUUGUAAUAUGGAAGAUAUUGAAAAAGAAGCAUUUGGUUAUCCUGAAGGGUAUGAAAAUACAUGCAAAUGUUUAAUAGAACCUAAAAAUGAGGAGAGGGUAUCAAGUGAAUCUGAGGAAAGUUCGGUUGAAGAGGAAGAACCUCCAAAAGAUAAAGAUGCUAAAGAAGAGAUUAGUGAAUCGGAUAUAAAUACACAAGAGGUAUCUCCUAAUACUCCGACAAUAGAUGGAAGAGAAGAAGAUCAUAUCGAAAUUACAGAUACACCUGUUGAAAAAAAUGAUUUUAAGAAUUAUAAUUUUCCAACCUUCUUAACAGCCGUAGGUGGUAUAAUUAUUUUAGUAACAUUAUUAUAUAGGUAUACCUUUUUGGGCUUAUUGUUUGGAAGAAAAAAGAAAGAUGUUAAGAAAAAAAGGAUCGAUAUGAUAAAUAUAUUACACAUACCUACAAAUAAUUAUAAUAUGCCAAAUGAAAAAGAUAUAAAUAGUUAUGAAUUUUUUGGAUCUGAUCCUGUUGAAUUAUAUGAUAUAAAAUCUAAGAAACAUUGUGGUAUAACUAGCCAAUCUUAUAUCUGUAUUGAAAACCCUUAUGCUGCCAUAUUAUCAGAAAGAGAACAAAGAAUAUUAGAAGAAUCCAGUGAUUCAGAUAUUGAUUAUGAGCAUGAAGAAAUGGAUUUAGAGAAUAUGUUUCUAAAAAAGAAACCCAAAAAUAAAACAUUAAUUGAAAUACAUUUAGAGAAGAGAAAAAAUAUGAAUAAUAGGGAAGAGGGGUCAAAUAGAAAGGUUCCAAAGAAUAUAACAUGGUUUGAAAUACACAUGAAAGGAAAGGAUAAUAAUAAAGAGGAUAUUCAUAUAAAAUAUGAUAUAGAUAAAAUUAGUGAUAAUAAUAAUAAUAAGGGUGAUAGUAUGUAUUAUGAUGAAUAUGAUGAAUAUGAUGAAUAUGAUGAGUAUGAUGAAUAUGAUAGUAUGGAUUAUGAUGAGUAUGAUGAAUAUGAUAGUAUAGAUUAUGAUGAGUGUGACAAUAUAAAUUAUGAUGAGUGUGACAAUAUAAAUUAUGAUGAGUGUGACAAUACAAAUUAUGAUGAGUGUGACAAUAUAAAUUAUGAUGAGUGUGAUAAUAUUAAUUACAAUAAAGAUGAUAUACCUGAUUAUAUUUAUGAUAAGCCUAAUAAAUGUAGCGAAGAAGAAAACAUAAGACAUAUGGAACAUAUACAUGAUAUAUUAAAAAAGAAUACAGAUGAAUUAAUAUCUAUAUUUAUAGAGAGUUAUAAUAGAAAAUUAGAUGACGAAGAAUAUAAUAAUAUUUUAUGCAUUUUAGAAAAUAAAACAAAAGAAGAUGAUCAGAACAAUAUUGUUAAUAUGAGAGAAGAUAAUAAAAAUGAUAUGCAUAAGGAAACUACAAAAAGGGUAGACACUACUUUGAGUGAUAAUAUAUGCGAUAAGAACAAAAAGAAGAAGAAGAAGAAGAAAAAAAAAAAUAAGAAGAAGAAGAAAAAAAGAAAGAAUAAGAAUAAGAAUAAAAAUAAAAAUAUAUCAAUAUGUAAAAAUACAUAUGAUCAAAAAUUAUUAUGGGAAGAAUGGUUUAAUCGUAAAAAUGAAGAUUUUCUUAAUUCUUUGAAUGAGGAAUAUACUCAUAUUAAUUUAAAUAACUUUAUAGAUAAUGAUAACAACUACAAAAAUGCAAAUUAUAUAUUAGAUGACGUGAAUAAAUAUCCUCUGACUAGUUAUCUAAAUAAUAUAUACAAGUAUUUUAUAGAAAAGGGUGUUCAAUAUUUCGACGACAUAAAUAAUAUACUGAAGAAUAACAUAAAUGAAGAUAAAACACAUAAUAAUAAUUAUAAUGAUAAUAAUAAUACUAUUAAUAAUUAUUAUUAUGAUGAAGAAUAUGAGUAUGAUAUGUAUCCAGGUUUGAGAAAUCCAAAAAGAAAUUAUAAAAUAUUGUGUGAAGAAAUAAGAGAAGAAUGGAAUGUUAUAAACAAUGUAGAUAAAGAUAAAAAGAAAAAUAACACAUCUUUAGUAAAAAUAAUAUCACUUAAUGAUAUUAUAAAUACAAUGAGAGAAGAUAAAACUAAUGAUAAAAUGAGAAAGGAAGAUGUGAAUAAUAGGAAUGUCAAAAAGGAAACUAAAAAAUGGUCAGGGAAUAGUAAUGAUAUUGAUUAUAUAGAUGAAAGUGAUGAUAGUGAUGAUAGUGAUGAUAGUAAUGAUAGUAAUGAAAGUGAUGAUAGUGAUGAUAGUGAUGAUAGUGAUGAUAGUAAUGAUAGUGAUGAUAGUAAUGAGAGUGAUGAUAGUGAUGAUAGUGAUGACAGUGAUGAUAGUAAUGAUAGUGAUGACAGUAAUGAUAGUGAUGACAGUUAUGACAGUAAUGAUAGUAACGAUAACAAUGACAGUAAAGCUAAUGAUAAAAGUGAUGACAGUAAUUAUAGCGAUAAAGAUAAUAUGAAUAAAAACCAUCUAAGUGAUGACAAAAAGUGCACAUUCAUUAUUCCUCCUAAAUAUUAUAAUAGUAAUAUAAAAGAAAAUGAAAAUUAUAUGGGAUAUGAUAUAAUACCCAAAGUAUAUAAUGAAAUGUUAGAAAAAGAUGGAUAUAACAAUUUUUCUGAUUAUAAUAAAAUAGAAGAAAAUAGAAUAAAAGAAAAUGUUAGUUGUCCUUCAGAUGAUAAUAAAUAUAAUUUAAAAGAUGAUGAUGUUUUUGAAUAUAAUGAAGUUAAUUAUAAUAGUAAUAAAGAUGAGAAACCUUUUGAUCCUUCAGAAGUGAUAAGUAUAUGUGACAUUUGUUGUAAUGAUAAAAAAAGAAAAGAUAAUCAUCUAACUUGUGAUUGUAUCUUAUAUAAAAGAAAGGAUAAUGUUUGUUAUUGCAGUGUAUGUAAAGAGAAAGAAAAAAAUAUGAGAGAAGAUUUAUUAGUUGUUAAAUAUAAUGAAUAUCCGAUUAGAUUACCUGAUCCUUUGAAUCUUCUAUAUUUAUUAAUAUCUCGAAAACUUUGGAAAGCAGUAAAAUAUUUUUUCUUUUUCUAUUACUUAUUCAAGUGUACCCUUUUGAAAUUAUUAUUUCAACGAUAUGGAAAGAGGCCAACACGACAAAUUAUUAUUAAAAGCAAAAAAGAAAGAACUCAAGAAAUAUGUUUUUAUCCUAUAAAAGAAGAAAAUAAAAAGGCAUAUGUGAAUUAUAAAGAUGAGCCCCAUUUGAUAAAUAAGAAAAAAUGUAUGUGUGUUGAUUGUUAUUGUAAGAAUUGUAAUAAUCUGUCAGAUAUUCCAAAUGAAUGUACUUGUUCAAAAAUAAAUGAAGAUACAAAUAAUGAUAUGAUAAACAUAUCUGAAAUAUUUUAUCGUUUCAUUAAAUUUAUAACAAUAAUUGAAAUAUAUUUGUGUGUAAUAGAGGAAAUUAAAAUGGAAGAGUGGGAAAAAAAGAAACCAAACUUUUUUAUGAUUUUUGUAGAAGAAAUUGAAGAGAUCGACGAUAUAAAAGAUGAUAUAAAUAAUAAGAACAAUGAUGCUAUUAUAUUCUAUGGUCAUCGAGAUAAGAGAAAAAAAACAAAAAAAAGAAAAAAAAAUAAUAAAAUAAAUGAAAUAAAUAAUUGUGAUGAGGACUGUCAUAUUAAUUCAAUAUAUAACAUAAAAGAUAAUGAAGAAAAUGUUAAUAAAAUAAAAAAAAGAUAUGAAAAGAAAGAGAAAAAAAAGGUAACAAUUCCUAAAAGUAAUGAACAAUUAAUUGAUGAGUGUUUAAAAAAAAGAAAUGAUUUAAUGAAAAAUAUUUAUGAUGAAAAGAUAAAUAUAAGGAAUGAUAAAUUGUAUGAUGAAAAAAAUGAAAAACUUGAAGAAACAAGUAAAAAAGAACAAUCAAAUGAGUAUAAUAAUAAGGAUUAUUAUUUUCCAGUGGAGGAUAAAAAAAAUGUUAUUUUUUUAAAUAUAUUCAAUAAAUAUAAUAAAUUCUGGAAAGAAUUAAUAAAGAAAAAGAAUUGUAUGCUAGAAUUAUGGAGAAAAGAAAAAUGGUUCCAAGAAUUAAAAGAAAGAUGGAUAAAUGAAGAAAAAUAUAUUUUACAUGAACAAGAUAAAGAAAAAGAAAAAUACCUGAACAGGUCAGGUGAUAAAAAUGAAAAUUUGCACACAGAAAAAAGAAAAAAAAAUAUAAACAGCAAAAGAGAUGAUAAUAAUAAUAAUAAUAAAAAUGAUGAUGAUGAUGGUGAUAGUAAUAAUUAUUAUGAUAAUGUUGCAAACAAAUUUUUAAAAAGGAAAGAAAUAGUAUGGAGAAUAAUUAUACAAAACAUUUUAUUAAAUUUAGAAAUAUGGGAUAAGUAUGAAUGGUUUAAUUUGUUAGUAGAAGAAAAAGCAAGCUCAUUUGAUAUUUUUCAAUUGUUUGAUUUUAAAAAUGAUGUAUAUUUUUUAAAUGAUAAUUUAUUCGACAAUAAUAUGUUAUAUUGUGCAAGUACCAAAAAUUAUGGUGUUAUGGAAAAUGAUAAUGAUGAUGAUAAAAUAAUGAAAAUACAAAAUUUAAAUGAGAAAUUAAAAAAUGGAAAAGCUGAAUUUAAAGAUAUAUUAUCAUAUUUACAUACAUAUAUGUUGGAUGAUUGUAAAAGAGAUGAAUUAAUAAAAGAGAAAGAAUUGCUUUUAAAAAUAUGUACAGAAGAAAUAAUAAAAAAGCUGGAAGAAAAUGAAAAAAAAUAA